AAAACGGCCAUGUCACGAAAAAGCAUUCGAUCUUCCGCAGCGUCAACAUUUGUUCGUAAUCUCCAUUCACUUGGUUUCAAACCACCGCGCAACAGCAAAUGGGUUGUCAAUCAACAAACAUUUACAGUCAAUGCUGACAGUAUUAAAGCAUUCGAACAUGUCAGUUAUUUCCUGUUCAGUAUUCUUGACAAAAAGAAGGUAAAAUCAACCUUUAGGGAAGUUUGGCCUAUUACAAACAUAGAAAAAUCACGCGAAUACCGUCGACUUGCUUUUAAAUGGUUAAAGGAUAUUCAACCAGGUACUCAUUUAGUGAAUGCACCUUUAAGAGUAAGCUAUUUUACAGAUUGUCGGGGAAAACCCUUCAACCAAAUCAUCUCAGCUUUCACUGCUCUUGCGAUGGACAAAAAUCCAAACUAUAAUACAGAUGUUGCUACCGACGAUUCAUAUUCAGCCAAAACAGCCCGAGAUUCUAAGCCACACACAGCAGGCAAAAGAUCUACAAUAGACCGUCCUCUUACAACUGAGGUGUUGCCUCGAAAGAAAACAAGAACACAGUCUCCAGUGGAUUUACCCGAAUUAUCUUUGAAUAAAACACCACGCACAUGCCCCCAAGCAGUAUCAAAUAGUCGCCCAUUACAAAAUUCACCGGCACUUAUUAUAUCCGUGCCAUCUUCUUCCAAACCAAAAACAUCACCCACCUUUAAUACACAUACUCCAUCAGGAGUACGUUCUUUAAUAUCAUCAUCAUUAUCAUCAUCAAAGGAUGCAGCAUCAUCCCCAGCAUAUCAUACACCACCAUCAAACACAGAUGUUUUAUUGUCUUCAAAAUCUGAUGAACUAGCAUCCUCAACAAAUAAUCAUCUGCCACCCCCAACAGAAUCUCCUUUGCCGCCGUCAACAGAAUCUUCUUCGUCGCCCUCAAUUGAGGCUCCUCAACGCAUUCUACCUCCGUUAGAAUAUCUUCGAUUCUCUAGAUUCAAGGAAAUAGUGCGACAAGAGGAACUCGCUUAUAAGCAAGAACGAGCUCGUAGAGAGAAAGAGCGAUACAAAAUUGAAAAUCUCCGUAAAUAUCUUUUAAUGUACAAAUAAAUUUCGCACGUAUUUAAACAGAAAUAAAUGCAGUAUCCAUAAGUCCCUCAAAAAACCGCAAAAAA